AUACUCUGUAGUCUGUAUAUAAGAAAUCGUUCACCAAAUAACUAGCUGGAAAAACAAAAAAUACAAUUAGCCCUAAUGCAGCGUUUUAUUCAAUCUAAAUUAACAAAUUACUACUCCGUAAAAAACUAGCGUAGAAGGGUAUCUUUGUCCGUCUAAGCUGAAAUAGAAGCUCCUUUUUCCAUUUCAAUGGUACUGGACGUGAAGUCGUGAACAUCUGAAUCAAAUGCUAAAAUUGGCAAAUUACCCAUCCUCCGCUGCUGCCAGUCUGCAAUGAUCUUCUGAACAGGCAUCCGUUCAGACAUGGAUUGCCGAUAACUCAACAAGACCCUGUAAAUCUCGCCCCCCUACAGUCUGAAGGCUAACAGAAGAGCUACCUGAUAUCUGCUCGGCUCGUCAAUGUCAGAUCCGUCCGCAUAACCCACUCUGAAUGUGUUGUGUGAUUAUUUUGAUGGCUACACACCCAACCCGAUAACUCACCUGUAGAUUUGGGUAGGAAAUCUACCCUUGAUACUUUUUGUAUCUAUGUUUCAAGGUUUUGCAGAAUGAUGUUACAAAAUUGAUUAAAGCUGUAUAAAUUUCAGGGGGUGAUUUGGCUGUGUGAAUUAGCUGUAUAACAGUUAUUUUAGAAUUAGCUGACACAUCGUACCUUAUCAUUGUGUUUUUUGGAACCUAAGGUGGACUCCCAAGGAGGUUAUAAACCACUAUGGGGUGUCUGGAUCAGCAUAUUGAAGCCAAUGACAUCUGUCCAGAGCCCAAAGGUGGCACAUGGAAGCCAUCCAGGAACGCUUUGGCUUGUAUGGUGAACUCAGAAGUUGGAGCGGUUUUAGCUGUGAUGAGGAGAAAUGUACGAUGGGGGAUUCACUAUGCCGCUAGCGAUGAUCAGGUAGAGCAUUCUCUCAUUCAGUCCUUCAAGGAACUGCGGAAAAAGAUCUUCUCAUGGCAACAUCAAUCGAAUUCGAUCGAUCCACUGGUCUUUCUCCAGCCAUUUCUGGACGUGGUCCAAUCUGAUGAAACUGGUGCACCAAUCACAGGUGUUGCUUUGUCAUCCAUUUACAAAUUUUUAACCCUUGAAAUUCUUGAUUCGACUUCUAAGAAUGUAGACAAGGCUUUGCAUCGGAUAGUUGAUGCUGUCACCAGCUGUCGUUUUGAAGUGACUGAUUCUGCCUCUGAAGAAGUGGUGUUGAUGAAGAUUCUACAAGUUCUAUUGGCUUGCAUGAAAAGCAAGGCAUCUGUUUAUUUGGGGAACCAACAUGUGUGCAAUAUAGUAAAUACCUGUUUCCGGUUGGUCCGCCAGGCAAGUGCAAAAAGUGAACUGUUGCAAAGGAUAACACGCCACACAAUGCAUGAUUUGGUUAGGUGUAUCUUUUCUCACCUGCCUGAUAUUGAGAGCAAAGAAGUUGUUUUGGAUCAGAGAAAAAUAUUAUGUGCUACUCCAGAGGAUGAUAUGUUGAUGGAAGAUAAAACUUUUAGGGAUCGGCAAUCUAUCCUUGAUGGUUCUGGUAAUGAAAAAUCUCAUUUGAGUGUAUCUCCAAACCAAUUGGCAAGCAAGAAGAAUGAACUGGGCGGCCAGGAGGAGAGUAUAAGUGGUGGAGAUCUUUCCACGAUGGAUCCUUAUGGAAUCCCUUGUAUGCUGGAGAUACUUCAUUUCCUAUGUUCUCUUCUGAAUGUGAUGGAUCACAUGGAAAUUGGUCCACAAUCGAAUCCUAUAGCAUAUGAUGAGGAUGUCCCUCUUUUUGCAUUGGGUUUAAUAAAUUCAGCAAUAGAAUUAGGUGGAGCUUCGUUUGGAAACCAUCCUAAAUUAUUGACCUUGAUACAGGAGGAGUUGUUCCAAACUUUGAUGCGCUUUGGCCUGUCGAUGAGCCCACUAAUCCUCUCAACAGUUAGCAGCAUUGUUCUAAACCUCUAUCACCAUCUCCGUGAUAAACUAAAGCUGCAGCUUGAAACUUUCUUUUCCGGUGUGCUCUUGAGGAUUGCGCAGAACAAACAUGGAGCUUCUUAUCAACAGCAGGAGGUUGCUUUGGAAGCUCUAGUUGACUUUUGCAGGCAGCAUGUUUUCAUGACUGAAAUGUAUGCUAAUUUUGAUUGUGACAUCUCUUGUAGCAACAUAUUUGAAGAACUUGCUAACCUAUUGUCAAAGAGCACGUUCCCAGUCAACAGCCCUUUAUCAGCAGUGAACACUAUUGCUUUGGAUGGUCUAAUUGCUAUGGUUGAAGGAAUUUGUGAAAGGAUUGGGCACGGUUCAGUUUCAGAACUCAUUUCGUCAGAUUCUGAAGAAUAUAAGCCAUUUUGGACUGAGGUAUGUCAAGAUUAUAAUGACCCUACUCAUUGGGUUCCUUAUGUGCAUAAGAUGAAGCAAAUUAAACAGAAGUUGAUGAUUGGAGCCGACCAUUUUAACCGGGAUCCCAAGAAAGGUCUCGAGUUUGUUCAAGAAAUGCAUUUGUUACCUGGUGACAAACUGGAUCCCACCAGUGUAGCUUGUUUCUUCAGAUACGCACCUGGGUUAGAUAAAAAUCUUAUCGGGGAUUUCUUAGGUAACCAUGAUGAAUUUUGCAUCUCUGUGCUUCAUGAAUUUGCAAAGACAUUUGAUUUCCGUGGUAUGAAUUUGGAUAUAGCGCUGCGGAUAUUUCUAGAAACAUUUAGAUUGCCCGGAGAGUCGCAAAAAAUACAAAGAGUGCUUGAAGCAUUUUCUGAAAGAUAUCAUGAGCAAUCUCCAGAUAUUCUGGCAAACAAAGAUGCUGCUCUCCUCCUAUCGUAUUCAAUCAUAUUGCUCAACACUGACCAACACAAUUCACAGGUUAAGAAGAAGAUGACAGAAGAAGAUUUCAUCCGUAAUAACCGUAGGAUUAAUGGGGGACAGGACCUCCCCAGAGAGUUACUGUUGGAGCUUUACCACUCCAUAUGUGAGAGCGAGAUCCGGAUGACCCCAGAUGCAGGUAAUGUAGCCUCUGCUGUCAUGAUGCCAAGCUACUGGGUUGGUCUGGUCCACAGAUCGAACCAUACUGCCCCAUUCAUAGUCUGUGAUGUGAAACCUUACGUUGACAAACAUCUCUUUUCAAUACUAUCUGGGCCCAUAGUUGCUGCCAUCUCUGUCGUGUUUGAUCAUGUGGAAGGGGAAGGCAUCUUGCAAACCUGUGUUGAUGGGUUCUUGGCUGUUGCUAAGAUUUCGGCAUCAUAUAACUUCGAUCAAGUGUUGGAUGAUUUGGUUGUGUCACUAUGCAAAUUCACCAACUUGUUGCUCCCGUCCUACUCUGAAGACUUCAUUAUUAGAUACGGUGAUGACAGCAAGGCGAGGAUGGCCUCCACCGCAGUCUUUACCAUAGCAAACGAGUAUGGUGACCACAUUCACUUGGGUUGGAAGAACAUUCUGGAUUGCAUUUUAAGCUUGCACAGGUUUGGACUUCUUCCUUCACGUAUCCUCAGUGAUUCAGCUGAUGAUGACCCAGAGUCAUUGUCUACUGAUGUGGAUAAAAAGAGAUCUGCUACGGUUCUCCCUACAGGAUCUAACAUACCCCCACUAGCCGCUUCUAAUAGGAAAUCAUCUGGCUUAAUGGGCCGGUUUAGCCAGUUUUUGUCUCUGGAUAUUAUUGAAGAUGCUGCAGCUGAUCCCAGUGAGGAACAGAUUGAUGCUCGCCAACGGAUGCUGCAGAUGAUCCAAAGCUGUCACGUUGAUAACAUCUUUGCUGACAGUAAGUUUCUGCAAGCAGAGUCACUAUUGCAGCUUGUUCAGGCACUUGUUUUGGCUGCAGGAAGGCUUUCUUCUAAAGGGAGAAAGGAAAGCGAUGAAUUGACUGCUGUUUUUUGCCUGGAGUUGUUAAUUGCAAUAACAUUAAACAACAGGGACCGGAUUAUGCUUCUCUGGCAAGGUGUUUAUGACCAUAUAGCCAGUAUAGUCCAAUCAACCAUAAUGCCAUGUCCUCUGAUUGAAAAGGCUGUGUUUGGAUUGUUACGAAUAUGCCAGCGGUUGCUUCCUUAUAAAGAGAACCUAACCGAUGAGCUUCUCACAUCUCUGCAACUGGUGUUAAAACUUGAUGCCCGGGUCGCCGAUGCUUACCUACCACACAUCACGGAGGAAGUGAUGCGUCUCGUGAGAGCAAAUGCCGUGCAGAUACGAUCCCACAUGGGGUGGCGCACAAUAAUUUCGCUGCUCUCGCUCACGGCCCGACAUCCGGAAGCGUCAGAUGUGGGUUAUGAGACGCUAUCAUUCAUCAUGUCUGGUGAUGGGGCCCGUCACCUCUUACCAGCGAACUACGUCCUCUGCAUCAACGCAGCUAGGCAGUUCGCAGAGCACCAGGUCGGGAGCGUCGACCGGUCUGUAACGUCCUUGGAUCUGAUGGCGGGUUCGGUUGUUUGUCUCGUGAGGUGGUCCCACAAGACAAAAGAAGCUCUGGAGGGGGAUGCCGCAUCAAAGAUGUGCCAGGAUAUUUGGGAGAUGUGGCUGAGGUUGGUACAAGGGAUAAGAAAAGUGUGUUUGGAUUCUAGAGAAGCUGUCAGAAACCAUGCAAUUUUGAUGUUACAAAGAUGUUUGACCGAAGUUGAUGGAAUCAGUGUUCCAAAUGACUUGUGGUUACUUUGCUUCAAUCAACUCAUAUUCACAUUAACAGAUGAUCUGCUAGAACUUGUGCACCGGAAUAAUUCCUUGAAGGAUCAUAGUAGCAUUGAAGGAUCAAUUGUUUUGUCAUUGAAGCUAAUGUCAAAAGUCUUCUUGCAGCGUCUUGAGGAUCUUUACCGCAUAGACUCGUCUUUCCAGACACUAUGGUUAACGGUUGUGGAUUGCUUAGAGAGAUGUAUGAAGGUGAAAUAUCGGGGGAAGAAAAGUGGGAAAAUCACUGAACUUGUUCCGGAGCUACUCAAGAACAUUUUGCUUGUCAUGAAGACAAGUGGGAUUCUGUCACCCAGUGAACUUAUAGAAGGUGACAGUUUCUGGCAGUUGACAUGGCUGCAUGUGAACAAUAUCGCCCCAUCUCUUCAAUCAGAAUUUUUUUCCCAAACUGAACUGGAAGAGCAGCAGCAGCAGCACGUCCAAAUGGGACAGAGUCCAAUCCCUGGUGAAAGUGUUCUCAUUGCAGCUUCGGGUGGAACAACUUAGAAGAGACUCUGACUAAGAUUCUAAAGGCCCAUUUGAAAGAGACAAUGUUUGCUAACCUACUUUUUAGUCAAUUAUUCAACAGUAAGAUGGCUCUCCAUCCCGCUACAGUUCAUAUAUUUCAGGGUCGGUGACAUGGUGGCAACGUUGUCUUCUUUUGUUUUGCUACAAUUUCAUUCCACAUACAAGAUUUUUAUUGAAGUCUUUAAAAGAAGUCAACAAGACUUGAGAAGUGAGCUUGCCAACAGCCACACACUGGACAAAGCAUAUCUCCGGCAGUUCUAAAGAAGCUUUGGGAUGAGUUUUAUUUCAACACUGGCCAUGGCUUGUUAGAGAAGGUAUAAUUUCCUUUUUCAACAAGCUGUUUCAGUACUAACAGAAAGAAGUCUUUAGAACAUUACAAAUAUGUUAACAAAGCCUAUGACCAGCCACCCAUAGUAUGUAAACAAUUCAUCUUCAAGGCUCUCCGAACCCCUUUGGCGACCAACUUAUAUUCAUUACUUUUUAUUUUACGAAUUAUGUCAUUUCGCUCCCUAUUUUAUAGAUUUAUUUCGUUAGGAUUAUCCUAAUUCCAAAAGGUGCCUUGCUCACUGAAUGUAUCUAUCAUUCUAUCUUUGUUUUGUAAUGUGUUGCCAUACUGCAACUUUUUGUAUUCCAAAUUUGUCCUCUAUCUGCAUGCCCCCAUAUUCUUUCCCCAUUUCCCUAAGUUCUCCCUUGGAAUUUUUUAAUGACUUUCAAGGCCUCCAUGAUGAAUCCUUGACCCCCCGAGCACAGUCCAGAAAGAGGAUAGAAUUGUAAGCUCUAACAUUCAAGAUUAGUUCAAGGAAAUGUGACAUUUUACAACAUCAGCAAAAACACCCCCUCAAAAAAUAAACUCCUUUGCAAUGCAAGUAUGCAACUAUGUCAUCAUUUUUUUGGGCUGAAAGUUGCCUUGAUGAGGGGCCAUCGUAGCCUCAAGAUGGAAUUAGAAGAACAACCCAACAUUGAUAAGCUUUCCAGUUUCCACAAUUCCACCGUGGAUCUCUACAUCUUUGGUUAAGAUUUUUACACCAGUACCACAAUUACAUAUAUAUACAUCUACAUGAUAACUCGAGCAGCUCCAGUCAGUCCAGUGUAUCUGAGUGUUAGGAAAUUUAUAUAACUAGUAUGUGUACCCGUGCACUGCACGGGAAAAUAUGUGUUUAAAGUUUUUAUUAAAAUUGUUGGGACAAUGAAUUGUAUGUGAAUUCCUCAAUCAGAGUUUAUAAGAAAAUUCAGUCAACUAUGAAUAGAGUUGUCAAAGUGAGUUGAAGUCCAUAGGGUUAGCCCAUUUCAUCUCAUUUCACGGUGGGUUAGAGUUGUCAUUCUUCAAUCCGAUGAACACACCAGUUUCGAAAUUUGCAUGGAUUGCAGGUUAAGUGAGUUCACCCAUGCAGGUUGCAAGUAAACCAAAAUAUAAACAUCUAUUUUUUACUUUCAUUUUCUUCAGUAUUGUUGCUUUACUACCAAAAUAAAUUUCAAAUAUACUUAUUAAUGUACAACCCUUGUUGAACUAUUGUUUCUAUAUAUAAUAUUUAUUCAAAUAAAUUACUCUAGCAUUAUUUCUAUAUAUGAACUGGAACGUUAGAUUUGAAGAUUGUAAAUUAUAUAUAUAAGAUUGAGUUCAAAUGAGAAGACACCUUAACGUGUAAAAGAGAGUUAGAAUGAACUGGAAUAUUAAAUUUGAAAAAUGUGGAUUAUUUAAAAUAGAAAUAUGCGCUAUCAUAAAAAAAUGUAGUAGCAUCUUUAUAAAUAAAUUCAACCUUUCAUGUCCAUUUAAAGUCUGAAUUAUUUUAAAUAUAAGUGUAUUGUGCACCUCCAUGAAAAAUAAUGUGCAUCAUUUGAGAUCAUUCUCAUUGUUUGAGACCAUUAAUCAGUUAGAUGAUCCAAGCUAUGAAAAACAUAA